AUGGAGUUUGUCUGUGCUCUCCAACGAGCAUCUCUCGACGAUGAAGUGGGGUUGACUGGAGAUGAUCUAGAGCGGUUACGAAAUCCACCACAAACACCAUGCCGCAUUGAAAAUCCAUGCGACGAACUUGCCAUCUCGAUGUUUUUAGCCCUCGAGCAUUCAUCUGAAGCAGCAUACUCGAACAUCCGAGCUGCAGUCAAAAAACGGUAUCCUGAUUCAGAAGUCCCAAGCCUUCACAGUGUCAAGAAGAUGAUCGCAGAUCUCACCGGUAUCAAGUCUAUCAUUGACCACAGAUGUAUCAAUUCCUGUGGAGCCUUC